UCGCCCCCUUCUUCCUCCCUCAUCCACCAUCACCACCUCCUCCUUCCUCUUCUUCCUUAAGCUCGCCAUCCAUGGCAGACACAGGCUCCGUCUCCGACAGGAGAAUGUCGUGUUCUAUCCCCGAGAGGUUCCAGCUCCAUGCUGCCAUGCUGGCCCUGCAAUUCGGCUAUGCCGGCUUUCAUGUCGUCUCUAGAGCUGCCCUCAAUAUGGGCAUUAGUAAACUCGUCUUCCCUGUCUACCGAAACGUCAUCGCUUUACUCCUCCUCCUUCCCUUCGCUUAUUUCCUUGAAAAGAAGGAUAGGCCUGCACUCACUCUUAACUUUGUCCUUCAGUUCUUCCUGCUCGCUCUCGUUGGAAUUACAGCCAAUCAAGGGUUUUACUUGCUGGGUUUGGAUAAUACUUCCCCAACCUUUGCUUCUGCUAUUCAGAAUUCUGUCCCUGCCAUCACUUUCCUCAUGGCUGCGCUUCUUAGGAUUGAACAAGUGAGACUGAACCGGAAAGAUGGGAUAGCAAAGGUGAUGGGGACUAUAUGUUGUGUGGCCGGAGCAACGGUGAUCACAUUAUACAAAGGGCCGACCAUCUACAGCCCAGCGACGACUGUGACGGUGGAGGGGACGGCGGAGACGGCAGGGAUGCUGAUGGGGCCAGGAAUGUUCCCGUCACUAGGCGACGCAAAGGGCAAAAGCUGGACCUUAGGGUGCGUGUACUUGAUCGGACACUGCUUGUCGUGGUCUGCGUGGCUAGUCUUGCAAGCACCGGUGCUGAAAAAAUACCCAGCUCGCCUCUCCGUCACGUCCUUUACUUGCUUCUUUGGCCUCAUCCAAUUCUUCAUUAUCGCCGCCGUGUUCGAGCGCGACGCUCAGGCUUGGCUCUUCCACUCCGGCGCCGAAGCCUUUAGCAUCGUUUAUGCGGGGGUGGUGGCUUCGGGGAUAGCGUUUGCCGUACAAAUAUGGUGCAUUGACAGAGGUGGCCCGGUCUUCGUUGCUGUCUACCAACCGGUUCAGACCUUCGUUGUCGCUCUCAUGGCUUCCUUCGCUUUGGGCGAGGAGUUCUACUUGGGAGGGAUCAUAGGAGCUGUGCUGAUUAUAUCAGGACUGUACCUUGUAUUGUGGGGCAAGAGCGAAGAAAAGAAGUUCUUAUUGGAAAGGGCAGUGAUCCAGUCUGUCCCGGACCAUGGUACUCGCAGGCCAAGUGGCCACAUCAAACCGUCUCUUAACCAGCCACUUCUUCAUCCUACGGCUGACAGUGUUUGACCUGCCUCUGAAAAACACUCAAACUUUUGACUACCUAAAGACACGUGUCCUUCCUACAUAUGUCCGAACAAGCUUCAGUUCAGUUCAGUUCAGUGUGUGUUCUUUUUAAAAUUUUUACUUUUUGGUUGAAUAUUCGCACGCUUACUUUAUCUAAUUAGGAGAGUUUUUUUUUUCCUUCUUUUUUUCUUUUUUUCGUGUUUAAAAAUUAAUGAAUGAAA